ACGUCCCAAUGAAGGUGUUUGGUAUCCUGCCGAUGCGUAAUAUCCGUGGCACGCUGUGGAAGAUGAUUUACGCUUUGUUUGAACAGCAGUCUGUCUUCAGAUAUGGAAGAAUAGAGCUCAACUUCUUCAUUUCGGAGAAUGAAUACCUGAAACUCGUUUCCUGUCCAGGUCAAAAUUUAUACUACAGACCCUUCGCUGUCCUCUGGCAGAUGGCCUGUGAUAUUGAACUCCUGCACAAGGAGCCCUGGGAAUCCUUUGUGUACACUUCAAAACAAAGUUUCCCUCGCUCUAGGCUUCCCAACGACCACCUGUGCUUGGUGCGCUUUCGUCCGCGGGCUAAUCUGUUCUCUAAUGGCCUCACUCCUUCUAAUGCUUCAACUCUGCUGAUGAUGAUCAAACAGUUACUGGUAAAGAGGAAGGAUAAGCUCAUCGACAUGCUCGAUCACUGGUCUCCAGACAGUGGGAGCAAGCUGUUAGAAGAGAUGUGCCUGUCGGAGGACAUUCUGACAGGCCAUGUGUAUCCAGAGGAGUAUCGCCGACUGUUUGAGCUGAUGGACAAAAGUCAGGAGUUCAAACAGAGCUGGCUUUAUAAAGAAGUCUUGGAGAACAGUGAGAGGGGGGGAUGGUCUUAAGAUAUGGAUAUACAGGUCAUGUAUAUAGUUUUAUAGAACAAACGUAACCAAAUAUUAUAUGAUGACAGUGUAAUAUCAACAAGAAUAAUAUGUGUGAUUACAUUCAUACAUGCAUACAGAAACACAAAAGAUAAACGCUUCACAUAAUACACCAUGUAGCGAAAGACUUGGGUGAUGAAAAUGUGUGUGACUUACUGAUCUUUGUGUCAAUGGAGGAAUUGCUUUAAAAUGAGCCUCUAUCGUCCUGCACUCGAAUUUCCUUAAGUUGAAUUAGUUGAAGACAUAAACUUGCAGAAAAAGUGGUGUUGGGGUGUUUAUUGAGAUCUGAUUGCCAGUAGGAGGGAAAAAUUGAAUUUGAAGAUAUGUAAAAAUGGUUGCAGAAUCAAGGUCUUAUGAUUACUUGAAUCAUAUUAUCCCUGUAUGAAGACAACAGCUACACGUCCACUAGGCCUCAUAAAAAAGUAAUUGAUGCACCAUGUAAUGCAAAAUAUAUUAUAUUGCAAAAAUUGCGUGUGUUCAACUGACUGAAAUAACUGUAGCAUAGUGUGAAUGGAGUGUCACAGCGCCGCCCUGCAUGUAUUUAGUUUUGCAUAAAAGUACAAAGUUCAGCAGCGCAGGAAGGAGGAUGUUUCUUACUGUAUGACUUCAAGGGCUUUGUAUAUUUUGGUAUAUUUGUUGUGUGAGCGUUAGCUUUAAAUGUAUGAAAUGUCAUUUAUUGUGGAUUGUUUAAGCUGCGUGUGAAAUAUGCUUUUCAAAGAUCUCAUUAAAUCUGAAUUUUGAUAUGUA